AGAGCAGUCGUCGGGUGCUCGGUGCUGGGUGCACAAGAUGGUAUGGAAGUCCUCCGUCCCACCAGGAGGAGGCCAUAUCCUACAGUCACUGCUGCUCCUACUAUUUCCUCCCGAGUAUUUCUUCCAUUGCUACAACAAGCAGCAACCUCGGUCGGGCGAGGCUUAGUCACUUCUUAACACGAGAUCCCUUCUUUACCAGUCCAGGGUCACAUUCCAGGUUCCCACUCGACCAACUUCAAUUGGAACGCGACCAGAUGAAACUUAUUUGUCUUGGCUCGAGAUUCAUCCUCAAAUUUGAGGGAACCCCAUUGGCUCUUUAAAUUUCCCCCGUUCAAGUUAUGUUUGGGUAUUGUUUGACACCCUGUGCUAAUGCCUGUUCCAUUGGAUGGGAACCGAGCCAGACUGUGCGAAGGAACACUGAGCGAACAAAAAACCUUUGCGAGCGAGGGAAACCGGAGCCAAGAGCCGCCCGCUUCUGGGCACGAUCGAGCUGUUUGAGGAUCACCUCAUCAGAUUUCCAGAAUUUGCAAUCGGUCCUCUGUCAGUGACUGAAUAGUCUCUCCACAUAGCACACAUUCAGUUAGCUUGCUAAGCGAUCCUUCAUUCAAGUGGGUGCCAAAUUCAAUGAAGCUUCGUCUUUCCACGUGGAACCUUCAUCGUAGAUGUUGGCCUAAUAAUUCUUGUACGCUAAAAGUUGUGGUGGAGGCAGUGAUUAGUACUACUAUAAUGGGAUUGUGCGCCUACCUACAAGCUAAUGAUAGAUAGAUUGAUUGUUCGACCCAACGCCGAUAAAUUGCCGGCCAAUUGGUCAUUAAGGUGGAAUCCAGUCGGAAUUAGAACACAAAAACUUUCAGGGUUUUGACUCGAGAUCCAUGCCUCUUUCAUCAUGGCUGCCAUCAUCAGUCAGAUGGCCGCGAACAAGCGGGCGAGGGAAAAGGGCCAAUUCCGAACCAUUAUCGGGAGUGAUAAAUGUGUUUACACCUUGCCACCUUUUGAUCCAUGUUUUGAUCCCAUGGUUCAUAACAAGUACAUGAAGGCCUUGGCCCAACGUCAGAUGUAUGAGGCCCACAUGGAGGCCAACCGGAGAAGAGAGGAACUCGAACUACUGAGAUUGCAACGAGAAAAGUCCAAACAUCAAAAAGCCAUGAACAGUCUUGUGUCGGGUUUGGCUAUCUUGGCAGUGGGAUUCCUGGCCAUGGGAGCGUUGGUCUUCUACCUGUGGGUUCUACUCUGGGAUGUUCCAUGAAUAUCAAAUGACCCGCUACAAAUACAAAUAUCCAAUUGCCAGUCUUCCGACCAUAUACUCCAAUCAAUACGUUUGAGAAUAUUUAUUGAAUGUUUUUAUUCGCUAAUCUAAGGCCCUGGUUCGCUUUUAAAGAUUGCAAACACAUCAAGUUUUAAGGAAGAGACAAAGUUAUUGUUUUAUAUGUUAGUCGGGAUUACAUAUAACAAAAAUUAAUGUGAUGCUACCCCUCCAUCGCUUACAAAAUCUUUUAGGACUGUUUCCUGUUUCCCACUAUGAAUAAAAAUUACGCCAAACAUCUUAGCACCAGAAUAUUGGUUCCUUAACAGAAAAUUACCAAAGAUGCGAAAAUCAAUACAACCAUUGAUUUUCAAUCAUAAUGCGUUCAAAAGCAUUUUGAAAUCACUUUCAAAGAAUGUCCUGGAAAUGAUUGAUUUUAACUAUGUUGUUCAAUUAUCUUUGUUUUGUCCCGCUCCCCGUUCUUUUAUAAGUGAAAUUCUCAUUUUAAGCAAGUGAUAUAAAGAUAUAUUGAUCUCCAAACAUACGAAGAUAAUCACUUGUGAUAAUGAUAAUUUUCCCAUCUAAUCAUUGAAAUCCGGCUUAAAAAGAAUUCUCUUUUUCAUAAACAUAUUUUUAAAUAGGUAUAUAAACUAAACACAUAAGAAAUUUGCAACAGGCAAGUGCAUGUGUAACUUUUUAUAAACAGGUUCAAAAUUGUGUUAAACUAGAAAGUUAAAACAAGCCACGUAUGGUAAAAGUUCAGACCAGAAAAAAUAACACCCUCAUUAAUGAUUCUUGCUAGAUUUUAUAAAUUUAUUCAAAGCGAGUAAAAUGAAGCAGACUAUCCUGAGUUCCAAACUGUUUCGCAAAUGUCUCUUUCAUGUUGGCAUUGUGAUUGUCAUAGUCAACUUUAAAGCUGUUUUGAAAUUAGCCUUUGUGAGGGUGUCAUCUAUAGUGAAAGUUUAAGAAUAUAGGUACUAUAAGACCUCUGAAGCUUCUUUGUGUUCUUAUUAUAUUAGUUAUACUUGUUGAUCUGCAGAUUCCCAUCCUUUUUCUCCCGCGCUCCUUCUCGAAAUAUAAUUUUCUCUUUAAACGCAACCUCGAAGACCAGUCUGGAAAUGCAAUGAAUCCGUUAGAGCCUUUGAGAGACGCAUUUUGCUUCGUCUCAUUAAUACCAAGAUUAC